AUGGAGGCCCGCUCUCUGGCCUCCCUCAACAGCCUCGCCUCCAACCCGCCCCAGUAUCCCGAAAAGCCCAACGAGGAGAAGCAGGAGCCCGUCGUGCUCUACAUCUCCCGCGUCCCGGGCACGCGAGAUGUCAUCCUCUCGACCUUCAAACCCCGGGCCAAGAGCGUCACGGCCGAGGACGUCGCCAACUCGCUCUACUACGUCCACCUCGAGGUGACACCCGACGUCGCUGCCUCGCCUCGCCUCGGCGCCGAGGACGACCGCCAGUCGAGCGACGACAGCGCCUCGGCCCGCAACAUUCCCCGGAAGCCGCUGCCCGGCUCCGCGCGCCCGCUGACGCCCGAGUGCCUCACGAGCGGCCAUCGGCUGCACCCCGAAAGCCGGCUCCCGCACGCGGGCCGGAAUCGCGCGAGCUCGCUGACGUCGGUUGGCCUGCAAAGGGACCUCCCGCCCCUGCUCCCGCCCCUGUCCUUUGAGCCGGCCGAUGGGCUCGCCGACAAGCCGGAGCCACCUCUGCCGUCGGCAUCGAGCUUGCCGACGGUCGUGCCGGCGAGGAAGCCUCUUAGCCCCGGCGCCGACCCCAGUCUCGUUCCCGCUCCCGUUCCGAGGGAAGAAAGGGAAUCCUCGGCGGAUACCUUUGCGGCCGCCGAGAGCUCUCCCCUUCGCGACAAGCGCCUUCCGCCCUUGCCCGGGCUUGCCGCCGAGGAGGCCGAUGGCCGGCGGCGGAACCUGGCCCCGGACCGGAGCAGUCGCUCGCCCUCGCCCGUCAAGAUCGGUCGCGCCGGCUCGCCCGCCGACUCGCCCUUUACCCUGACGCUCAUCCGUCGCGACCCCGGCUCCGGCAGCCAGUGGAACGUCGGCCGCGUGUCCUCGCGCCAGCUCGACGCCCCGCCGCCCGCGCCCGACCAGCAGCACCCUUCCGCCGAGGUGCCCGCGCCGCCGCUCGCCCCCUCGGCCGCCUCUUGCCCGCCCAUCGACAUUGAAAUCGAGACGUCGGGCUACGCCAAGUUCCGCCGCAUGCCCGCCUCGAGAAGCGCCGAGGGCGUCGGCAAGGCCCUCGCCGCCGCGAGGGACGAGCGCUCCCAGCGUGGCCGCGACGACGUCGGCGUCUUCUUCCGGCAGGCCGUCAUGGGCUACUCCAAGGGCUGGGCCUCGAACCUCAAGGAGACGCUGCAGCGCAUGGACCAGGCCGCGAGGCGUGGAAGGCUGGGUCACGGCCGCAGCGCGAGUGCCGUCUCGCACGUCUCGGCCACGUCCGACGGCCCCCCCGAAGACGGCCAGAGCCAGGGCCAGAGCAUGAAGCCGCGCGGGUACACGUUCGCGAGCCCCUGGGACGGCAAGUGCGAGUUCCGCACCGGCACCGCCGGCCGCAGCGUCCAGUGCCGGCACAGGCUCUACGACGGCGACGCCGCCGUCUACAACCCCCUCGUCGCCGCCCAGGGCGCCAGCGCGCCCAAGUCGGGCGCCACCACGGUGAGCGAGCUGCGCUUCAACCUCCCGACCUCCGACGUCCUCGGCGAACGCGCGCGCGGCGCCAAGGGCCAGUGGGCCCGCGGCAACUUUGGCAAGCUCCUCCGCCCGCCCUCGGACAGCGGCACCUCGGACGACAGCGACGUCGCCUCGUCCUCGGACCCGAACCUCGCCGGCGAGCGCCUGGGCGGCGGGCACGCCGGCAAGCGCGCGAAGCUCGGGAAGCUCAUCGUGUACCAGGACGGGCUCAAGAUGCUGGACCUGCUCGUCGCCGCCAACAUCGGCCUCUGGUGGGGCGCCUGGGAGCGGACGUUUUGA